CAUUCUUUUAUUUAGUUGUCAAAAAUUAAGCUUUUUAGCAUUGUGAUAAAUUAAAAACUUUUACCAUAACAUUUACCAUGAUUUCAUGGUUUCGUAUUAGGGGAUUCCUCUGAGGACUUUCAAUUCAAUGACGUGUCCUCGAAUCCAACAGAAAAUUCUUAAAUAAUGAACUAUAACAGCAUUUACUGUGGAAAUGCGGCAUCAAGUAAUCCUUCAAAACUCGGCAUUUGUCAGCGAAGAACUUCUCAACGAAGGGCUCGUUACGAGAUUCAAGAACGUCGUCGAUGGCGGGAAAGGAAUCAAGGAAUGAUUAAGGAGCUGUCCCACAUGAUUGGUGCUUGGCCCGAGGAUAUUGAUGAUUUCCUGUACGACCUCACGCUGAAAUACUCACACUUGCUUAAUCCCAAGGAAUGUGGAUGGAGUUUCUGCCAUGUGCCACUUUGCUAUCCGAAUGUCUGUGAUCGCUACAUGGGUAUAUUUGAUCACUAUGGGAAUUUGAAGGAUCCAACACAUCCAAAGUGUCUCCAUCAUUUGCUACAAUUGCUGCAGGACUAUCUCAAUGGGGCUUGUCAUAAUUGCUGCUUGGGAUUACCCAUACAUGCAGAGUAUUCCGGUCGUCCAUUCAGUGAUUGCCAAUUUAGAAAACCAUUCAAUUACCAUGACCCCGAAAUGGAGGUCAUCGAUGGAAACUCUUUAUUUAUGGAUUUGAAAAACUCGUUGGAUACGAGUUUUCAAAUGCCAAAAAGGAAAUCGCCGCCACGAAUAGAGUCACCAGUUUAUUCACCCAUCAGCAGCCCAAGAAUGACAAUAGAUAGACCCUAUAAUAUUAACCAAACUGGCGAUGAUGAUCCCAGAUUCCGUUCAAAACUUAAGAGAAUUAAAGGACGAAGUUCGGUUUUCCUCAAUGACGAGCUCGCCUUGGCCCACAAUAGAUCACACAUUUACAUGGAGCAGCUGGUGUCAAAGACAUUGGUUCGACCUCACAACAAAAACAGUUUUGUUGGACCUAUAGGGAAUCUUCGGAAUGAACGAAUACGGAUUCUAAUUAAACAAUUAAUUCUGAAAAAGGGACGCCGAUUUGAUCCCGAUGAGUUGAAUCGGAUCAUUGAAAAGUUGAUAUCGGUCCGCAUAUGGAGCAGAAACGCCAGAAGCAAAUAGCCCUUGAGAUCUCGCGGUUGUACAAUAAUGUUGUGCAAAGAAAGUCAUCCGUUGCGUCACAAUAUCUAACACCGACCAAGACGAAGAACCCACAGAAUUGGAAACGCCCCAAAAGAUCUCUGUGGCGUAUCUCACUACGGAUCCAUGAGCCUCGAGCUAGUGCCAAACCGUAUAGGAAGCGUAGUAUCUUUCAGAAUCAUCAUCGUAGAACUGUAGGAGGUCUGAAAUCCAGCCAGGGUGAGGAAGAUAGGUCAAGUAAAGAUGCAUAGCGAAGCACAAGGUGUUACAUUUUUAAAAUUAAAUGAUAAAUUACUCAAUCGAAA